AUGUUUACGUACGCGGAGAGAGAAUCUGCUCAACGGCAUCUGGCCACCUCUCUCGGUUACUUACAGAAUUUUGCAAAGGAUCCGAGAGUAAAUAUCCUAGCACGGGACAAAGCAAAUGAGCUAAAGAAAUGGAGGGAAGGUCGUUGUGCUAAUGAAUACUGGCAUAAAAUUGAGAUAGAAGAAGUCAAACAAAAGACUCAUGCUGCGGCAAAAAUAUCAGAGUUGCAAAUCGAGGCCACAUUACAUAAAGAUACUGUCUACCAUUCUAGUGCAGUAUCAAAUCUGACUAAAAACAAAAUUACCGCAUUGAGUAAACGAUCAAACUCCGAUGUUGAUUCUGAAGAUUUAGAAAACAACCCCUUCAUUGUAAUAGAGGAGCAGAGUGCCAAACUUAUUGAUUCUCUCGCAACAACACCAUCACCAUACACCAGUUCUGUAGAAUAUUUAGAACACAACCCCUUCUUUGUAAUAGAGGAGCGCCCCGAAUCUCCCAUAACACCAUUAUCGAACAGGAACGUUCUCAAACAUCCUCAGCCCUCACGAGAGGAUACCAAUGUGGAUUUGAUUUUGGAAAAGCCACAGACUACUGAACAUCAAAUCCACCCGCCCGAAUAUUCCGAAAACCCAUCAGAAAAGACUAUGCAUGAUGGAUGCUCCAAAACUCCAAAAAAAUAUGAAAUCGACAUCAAGGUUGAUGAGGAUUCACUAUUGGAUGAAACUCGAUUGCCAUUAGGAAAUAUUAACAGUAGAACACCGGAGGUAGAUAUUGGUAUAACUGUUUUAUAUUUCCCUGCAUAUUGGGGAAUAUUGGAUUUAACGAAAGAAAGUUUAAACAACUCUGGAAUAAAAAACGAGGAGAUUGAAAAAUUAUCACAGAAUUUCUCCAAUAAAAUCGGAUGGACUGACGAUGUCCUUGCCUCCAAUGAAGUCCAAAAAUAUUUUGAUAACAAUUGCGGGAAUGUUAAUAAAAAUGAGAUGAUUAAAGACCUAGAUACUAAUAUUCAGAAAAGCAAGAUGUCGAAUCUCCAAAGGGUGUGUACAGAGGAGGAACUGAAGAUGUGGAUAACAGUUCCGUUAUUUUUCGGCAUUUUUACGUCGGAAAAUAUCAAAAACACUUGGGGUGAAAUCCAAGCGAUUUCAACAAACAAAGCACGAAACGAAAAUACAAAUCUUUUUUCAAGAGCAAAGGUUGGACAUAAAGUCGAUAUGAAGGGUACAUUGAUUAAAACGCCAAAUAAAUUCGAAGUAAUUUACGGAGAAGUUUCUGGGGGACUUACUUCUUUUGGAAUACCUGCAUCCUGUCCAAAAAAACAGUAUGUUGACAAGGUGAAGUUAAUGAACAUGUUGCAAGAUAGUCUCAAUCAGUUCUUCAAAGAUAAUCGUCAUGUAAAGGAUAAACAACGUAAAGAAUUAACUGUGUAUGGAUGGCUACAAAUCGGUAAGCGUAAAUAG